UAUACAUAUAUGACUGAAUAGAGAUAUGAGAUAACUGAAUGUGCUCCACUUAAUUAGGUUUGAUUAUCUGAAUGUGCUGCACAUGUGUUUAAUUAGGGUUAAUUAUCUGAACGUGCUCCUCCCGAACUUUGUUAAUAAAACAUAAUUUCUUAAUAUGCCACAUAUGGUAGGGGUUGAUGUUUGAUUAUUGUGAUUGGAUGGAAAGGACAUCAUGGUUAAUGAUUCUGCUUAAUCUUGUGUAUAAAUAUGAGGCUUCCUCCUUAAUAAACUUGAGAAUGCUGUGAAACCUGUUUUAUUGGUCUCUACAGAUAGUGAACUUCAAUUUAAUUUAAUAUAAGUCAGUGUUUAGGCCAGUGCUGUAGCAAUGCAUCACUUCUUGUCCAUGCUGUUUUCACUGCUAGCCAUUAUUGGGCCUGUGAGCGGCGAGUCUGAGCUGAAGGUGCCGAAUGGAGGGGUCUGGGGAUCGUGGGCGACCAGUUAUACCAAGUGUCCAAGUGGAAAGUACGCCGCAGGGUUUAAUAUGAAGAUUGAACGAAUGCAGCUUGCCGGUGACGAUACAGGCCUCAACUCCAUUCAGCUUUGUUGUGUUGAUCGGUCCAAAGGUUUCACAGGAUCGUGUGACACCCCAAUUGAGUCCAAAGCAGGAAGCUGGGGUGAUUGGGGACUACCACAAUGGUGUCAUACUGGAUACUUGAACGCUUUCUAGCUGAAAGUCGAAUCUCCCCAAGGACAUGAUGACGAUACGGCCGCUAACAACAUCAAUUUUAGGUGCAGUGGAGGUGAUGAGCUGUGGAGUACCUUUCCGAGCCGCGUGGGCGACUGGGGCAACUGGGGCGACUGGAGCCCGACGUGUCCAGGAAAAGGAAUCUGUGGCCUCAAGACACGGGUGGAAGACCCACAGGGAAGUGGAGACGACACCGCUCUCAAUGACGUCAUCAUGCUCUGCUGUGAUUGAGGUGA